GAACCUGCCAUUAAGAAGCGAAAGAAGAAAUCCGUCAAAGAAGGGGACGAUGGCGAGAGGUGGCCGUAGCCUGAGAAAAGUAGUUGAAUGCAUGAAACAGUUACCUUCUACAGCCAGCCGGGAAAUACAGACGAGGAACAGCGGAAGAUACCUGUCAUCAUGUGGGAUCCUGAUGACUCGUGUACCUCCCCUGCUGAGCGCAGCCACGUCAGGGCGUGGCAUUGCGUUGCCUGCUCGCAGCUUCUUCAACCUUGCAGAUUCCCUCUCUAAGAGGAAGGAGUACUCAGAGAGACGCAUCAUUGGGUAUUCGAUGCAGGAGAUAUAUGAGGUUGUGGCCGGAGUGGAAAACUACCGGCUCUUUGUUCCCUGGUGUAAGAAAUCUGAUGUGGUGUUCAAGCGAGCCGGAUUCUGCAAGGCCAAACUUACCGUGGGCUUCCCACCUGUGGUGGAGAACUACACCUCUCUUAUAACUACAGUACGCCCCCACCUGGUCAAGGCAUCCUGUUCGGAGGCUAAACUGUUCAACCACUUGGAGACGGUUUGGCGUUUCAGCCCUGGCCUCCCGGGUUAUCCUCGCACCUGCACCGUGGAUUUCUCUAUCUCCUUCGAGUUUCGCUCCCUCCUCCACUCCCAGCUAGCGAACGUCUUCUUCGACGAGGUGGUGAAGCAGAUGGUUUCUGCAUUUGAGCGGCGCGCCUCCAAGAUGUACGGCGAAGAGACGGCAAUCCCUCGCGAGCUCAUGUUCCACGAGAUUCACCACACGUAGCGCCCCCCCCCCCCGCUGCACAAACACAGAUACACAGACAAACACAAUGCCCGAUGCCAAUGCCAGAGAGAAAAAUGAGAGCGGAGUGUAGAGACAAAGUGGAGACUUCCUGUGUUCUAACUGAAAACUGCAGUGCCUUUCUCACAGCAGUGACCAAGUUUUAUUCCCAGCUAUUUCCUAUCUCAUCUUUUAUAACUGAUGCGGAUCCACCACCUCAUUUUCACCUUGGUGCUGAACACAUGUGGACUUGUUUUCAUUUCAGUUUUACACACGUCAUCUCCAUUAUCAGAACUGAACAAUCUGUGCCUGGUUAUGAAACUGAGUUCACAGGUUACCAGUGUGUUCCCAUGGAGGUGAAAACAUGACCUAGCAGUCAGGAUUGCUCAGGCGAGUAUGUCAUCACAUCUGUAAACAUUAGCACCACUCAGUAGUUAUCUACACUGCUCUAACCAGUAUUUUUGCUGCUACUAGUAGCAACCUGUUAAUUGAAAAAGUUGCUGGAGGAAGAUGCCGUGCUAAUAAUAAUGUCUUCCUCUUUCCAUCGAGGACCAGUGGAACAGGAAAAAAAAUCGGUAUCACAAUAUAUUGUGAUGCACUAUCCAUCAGCUAUACCUGCUUAUCCUUUCAAAGGGUCGCGGGGGGGCUGAGCCCAGCUGACAUUGGGCGAGAGGCUAACCCUGGACAGGUGGCCAGACAAAUAUUGUGACACGCUCUUUUGCAAUAGGACAGUGAUGCCACAUCCUGAAUGCAGAGGUGUUUCCUUCCUAUUCUGUUCUCUGGUAUUUCAGCCAUUUUCUUUUUCAUGGUGACGUGUUUAUAAUGCCACUGUCUGUGUUUAAACAGGGUCACGCUGGACUCUGGGACACUUCAAAUACAGAAUAUUUUUGAUUCCUGCUUUGUUAAAGUAGUCUUUAAGCUUAUACUCUAUUUUUCUUUUCAGAGACUCAGAUUUAGGAUGUAUAGUAGAUGAUUGUGUAUCCCAUAUGUUGGGAUACAAAAAAAACCCAAUGCAGAUGAGACUAUUUGAAGUUGUCGGCGAGAAGGGAGUAUUUUAAAUCUGUGCAGAUUUAUUGUUAGGAAAACAAUUGUGAUUUCAGCAGUGAAGCUAUCUGGCCAUUGGGGACAAUGAGCCGUGCAGAGACUUUGUGUGUCAGCCAGGUAAUUUGCUUGUUCCAGGUGUACAGGUCCAACCGCAAUCUCAAGGAUCCUUUACCUGGGUCCCCAGGCGCAGGGCGACGUGCUUCCUCUGACCUGCAUCGGAUGCAAGUCGGUAGCUCAGUGGGAAAGGAGUACACUGUAUUCAGGGAACGCUUGAAGUGAUAAACAAUACUUGUACUUGAUUUGGAGUCGGGUGUGUUUACAUCAAUACGCUCCUUUCUCAGCAAUGUGAAAGAUGUGCUGAGUGUCGGUAAGAGUUAUGAGUUGAAACACUCUCAUUUUAAUCUGAUUAAUCAGACCCCCCCCCCCCCCCCCCCCCCCCCCGGUUCAUCGUUUUAGUCUAUGAAAUGUUGAAAAAUAUUGCAAAACUCUGCAUUCGCAGUUUGUCAGAGGGCACGGUGAUGUCUUCAGUUUGCUUGUUUGUAACUAACUAGUCUAAAACCUGGAGAUAUUUAAUUUACUGUCAUGUAUGACAAAGGAAAACGGCACAUUUGACAAGCUUGAACCAGAGAAUGUUUGGCCAUUUUGCUUGAAAAAUGACUGAAAGCGAUUAUUAAAAUAGUUGCAGCUGUAGGAGAGUUGGGAAAUGGAUCCAUAGCUGAACAGAACUGUGAGACCACAUCGCCCACAGUUAUGUCAAGAGAGACCACAGCCAUUUUAUUUCUAACCCUGGGUCAUUCAAACCCUGGUUAUAGCAGUGCAGCAUGCUAAUGAGAAUAGCUUGUUUAUAAUGACACAUUUCUGAACCGUUGUGGUUCUUGGAAGCACAUUGGGAAUCAAGUUUACUGAUCAUGCUCGUCCCACGGGGAGGCAGAGGUAAUUAUUUUUGUAAGCUACAGAUGAUGUGAUGAUAUAAGCGGCAAUACCGACUAAGACCAGGGUCCAGAUAGUAUUAGUUAACACCUCGAUGCCUUUCUGUGAUAUGUGAACUUGUGCUAUGAAACUCCACGAGUCAAAGCAAAAGGAACGCAAUGCAAGGUGACUAACACACAGUAACUCUGCCCUUUAAUAUUAGAAAGUAUGCGGUGGUGAGACCUCCACCGUCUCACCACAUACUCUACAUUAUAAGAAUAUAUGUAAGAAUAAAGGGCAGAGGCAGCUUAGGUUGUGAGUCACAGAGGAUGUGUACAAAUGACUGCAGAUAGAUGUACUAAAUGUACUGUAAGCUAUCAGGAAUGCUCACCUGUUUUUAAAGGUGCAGAGCUUUUUAUUUUGUUUUAUUUCUCCGUAGGGAACGCUGUCUUUUUUUUCUUCUUUUUCUUAAAGUCACAUAAAUUAAGCUCUUGUCCUUAUUAAGGGAGCAAUGCUGUGCGACGAGACUUGCUAAAUUGUAAGUGUGCAAUAUCAGCUGUUUUUAAAUACAGCUAUGAAUACCCACUGUCAAUAUAAGGGCCCAAACGGGGCAGGUCACACACCGUGACCUGUCCUGUCAGUCAGGAUGCUGUUUCAGUGAGGUAUCUGCUGCCCUGAAAACCUUCACGAUUCCAACUGUCCACCUACACCGCUCACAGAGUGCCUCCUGGCCUACUAGCAGAAUAUUUAUCUUUUUAUUUUGUAAUUAUUAUUAUACUCAUUUUAUCAUAUUUAUUACUUAGUUUAAGUGUAAAUACUGGUUUUAAAGAUCCUGUAAUACACUGCUUUUAAAGACAAUGACUAAAGGGUUUGUGUGUUUUGUGAGAUGAGGAAAGUGUAAAUGAUGUUUGUGUUGAAUGACUUCAGAAAUAUAUGUACCAACUGCAUGAUUUAUAAACUUAUUUUUUCAACAAACAAAAGAAA